UCACCUCUUGACUCGACUUCCGCCACGUUAAAUCCUCAGUGUACUCUUAUCACCAUCAACGACGGAAUUCCCGCGCAAUUGACAAACCUCGGCUUUCAAAUGACCAAAUUCCCGCCUAUCACUGUUGCACGGAAUACAGUCUAGGAUAUGUUUGAAAGUAUCUACAGGAAACUUUAUGUAUCUGGGGCUGAAAGGCAGGCUUUCCGCAAGGGAAAACAUGAUGCAGUAUUGCUAGCCGAUGUAACACAACAACUCUUCGUCGCAGACUUUCAUAAGACCAUGGUGCGAGUGGGCCACAAAACAUGAAGCUUACAUUUCCUCUUCAGUACGACGCAAGAUAUGUAGUGUUUUCCUGUGUCAGAGUUCCAGA